AUGGAUACGUUGGAUUCUCAACCUCAUUUAAAAUUGGUGAUACAUGCCGACAAAACUCUUGCCGGUGAGCACCCUGGUCGUUUCAACGCUCCAACUACGAAUGAAGUUGCAGCUCUCAUGGUCGAUGAGGUCCAUGGAAAUCGUGACAUAAUCCUCCGUCACCGCGACGAAGACGUGACUUUUGUUUCAGAAUUACACCGAUGUUACGAUUGCUUGCAGUACCCUCUCCUUUUUCCUCAUGGAGAGGAUGGAUACCACUUAGAAAUUCAAAAGGUUGAUCCCACAAUUCUCACACUUCUUGACAAGGAGGUUUCCUGCAAGGCAUUUUACGCCUAUCGACUCAUGGUGCGAGAAAACGAUUUCAAUUUAUUACUAAGGUGCCAUUCUUUGACCAAUCAGUUUUUGGUCGACAUGUAUUGUAAAGUUGAGUCCGAACGUUUAAAAUACAUUCGUUCUCACCAGGACCAAUUAAGAGCAACAGAAUACGUUAAUCUAGAGGAUGCAAUGCGUCCAGACGGUGAUGCAGCCAACGUUGGAAAACGUAUUAUUCUUCCUUCAACAUUUAUUGGCUCACCUCGGUAUAUGAAUAAACGAAUGCAGGACGCAAUGGCAUACCUCGGUAAGUUUGGAAAGCCGGAUCUCUUCAUUACAUUUACCUGCAAUCCUACCUGGCCAGAGAUUAAAGAGAAUGUGUUCGCUGGGCAGCUGCCAGAGCACAGACAUGACAUUGUGGCGCGCGUUUUUCAUGCCAAGUUGAAGAAAAUGCUAUUUUUACUGAAGGUUUUGCAUAUUUUUGGCCCACAGUCUGCUUGGAUGUAUACUGUGGAAUGGCAGAAGAGAGGUCUUCCACACGUUCAUAUGCUAGCCUGGUGUCAGGAUAGAAUCCACCCUGUGGAUAUUGACAGAAUUGUAUCUGCUGAGUUGCCCGAUCAAAAUGCUGAUUCUCAGCUGCACAGCAGUGUGACAAAGCAUAUGAUUCACGGUCCAUGUGGUGACUUUAAUCCGAGAAGUCCAUGCAUGAAGAAUAAAAGAUGUUCGAAGCGGUACCCUAGAGACUAUUGCGGUCAAACCUGCACUACGAAUGACGGAUAUCCCAUCUACCGAAGGCGUGACCCAGGUUUGGGUGGUCGCACAGCUAGAAUUAGACAACGGCUAAAAACAUUCGAUGUUGAUAAUGCCUGGAUCGUUCCAUUCAACCCUUUGCUUUCCAAAACAUUUAAUGCACACAUUAAUGUUGAGUACUGCAAUUCGUUUAAACGCAUUCAAUUUCCAAUAAAACUAUGCUUCGCGAUGACAAUCAACAAGUCACAGGGACAAUCACUGGACAUUGUAGGCAUUAACCUGUCACAACCGGUUUUCAGUCAUGGUCAAUUGUACGUAGCCUGUUCUCGAGUUGGAAAUCCACAUAAACUCUUCAUUCUUGGCAAUCAUGAGUGCACAAGGAACGUGGUUUAUCAGGAGGCUCUGACAAAAGAAAACUGA